GGGGAUACAAUUCCUGCACGGCCGUAUAUCAGCACUCGUCCCUCCACCACGCACCGUAUACCUGUACUGGUACCUCUGUUGUUCAACACGCGCUCAGAUAUCUACACCGACCCUUACCCGUCGAGUGUAUACGAGACCCUUACCCACAGAAUCUCUACGACAGCCUGUGUCACUGUGAGACAGGAGAAUCAGACAUAUCGCACAUACCUAGACGCCAUGACAUCAUCUGUGCAUGACCUCCCAUAAAAGUAGUCCCUCCCGUCACGGUGUGAUGGGUGGUUUGGGUACGGUCCGGUGACGGCUCUGGAAUUCGUAAACCUCGUAGAUAAUUACUCCGGGCAGAGCAUGCUUGUUGGGUUGCCAACAGAAAUCAUGUGCUGUUUAAUUUUCUCUCGAAACUAUUUAACUCAGUUUAGUGUUGAUUCGUUAUAACAAUGGAGCUAUAUAGGAAUUAUUCGUGGAAUAUUUUUGUUUUGACAAUUAUAAUCUCCUUCAAUUACUUGUCAUCUAAGAGUUUUAAAGAAGCGGAUGUACCGAGUAUCGAUGACGAUAAAUGGCUUUCUGACCUAUCAAAUUAUUACUUUGACUAUAUGGGCGAUGCUCCGGACAGUGUAACGAAUAACGACAACGAUCUGUGCCCGCCUAUACCGGAAGUAAUACCAACGCAUGCCUGUAAAGUCAAAUCAAAAUGUGAAAGUGAUUUAGACUGCCGGAAGAGGACCGCACGAUGUUGUUACAAUGGAUGCGUGCGCACAUGCAGGAGGCAGCAGGACCCCCCAGCUGUAAUAGAUUGGGUGAAAGAACCUCGCCGAAGACUUAGCUCAGGAAUUUCAUGGCUUUUGAGCGGUCCCGAUAUAGCACAAGAAUUGGAGCCGUGCAGUACCACUCCGUACACUGACGAGGAGGACCCGCUACUUUGUCCCCAUGGUUACGUGUGUCACGUGGAAGAUCCCGGGGACCCAGAGCUAGACCUUCCCAAUAGGGGCCACUGUAUUCCAGAGUCUGAUGAUAAAUUCGCCCGGUUAGGAGUGGGCUAUGUCUCUCGUCGUAUGAAGGAUAACUCCUGUUGGAUGGACAAAUAUGUCCUGUUGGACGGGGCCAGCAUGAUGUUUAAAGGCAAAACAUGUAUCUGUAAACGAGGAUUUUUAACAUGUAUUCAGAAAAAUGGAGGAUCAACAUCUUUGUGAGCGAUUCCUAUUUCUACCUGUACCAAACCAUUGCACUGAUUAUUUAUUUGUUAUUAAUUAUGAAUAUUGACUAUUUAUGAAAAUACAAAGGAACGUGUACAUGUAUUUUAUCAACCGAAACGUUGGUUAUAUAUAUAGCUGUGUAAUUUGCAUUUAGCGAAAGACCGAAAUUGAAAAGACGAAAUACAGAUUUUUUACAAAUGUCUCAAUGGUUACAAGUGAGAAAGGCAAGUUUACGCAAUGUUUCAAUAGUGAUUGUAAUGGUGAACUAUUGAAAAGUGUACCAAACACCCCACUGUGAUUGUAAUGGUGAAAUAUUGAAAAGUGUACCAAACAUCUCACUGUGAUUGUAAUGGUGAACUAUUGAAAAGUGUACCAAACAUCCCGCUGUGAUUGUAAUGGUGAAAUAUUGAAAAGUGUACCAAACAUCUCGCUGUGAUUGUAAUGGGGAACUAUUGAAAAGGGUACAAAACAUCUCACUGUGAUUGUAAUGGUGAACUAUUGAAAAGUGUACCAAACAUCUCACUGUGAUUGUAAUGGUGAAAUAUUGAAAAGUGUACAAAACAUCUCACUGUGUUUGUAAUGGUGAACUAUUGAAAAGUGUACCAAACAUCUCACUGUGUUUGUAAUGGUGAAAUAAACAAAAAAUAUUUAAA